AGCUGAGAAGCAUUUAGCAAUGGCAAUGGGAGUGUCUCAAAAAAGGGUUUGUGUGAUUCUUCUUCUUUUCAGCAUUGUCUUCCAUUUGAGUGCACUCACUCUUGGAGAUGACAAGGUUCAGAAAGAGAAGUUUGGUGCUGAUGAUUGUGGAUUUAGGGGUAGGAGAGGAUGUGAAGGUGGCAGCUUCGGUGGUCGUGGUGGCCGUUUUGGUGGUGGCAGGGGUGCUAGUGGAGGUUUUGGUAGUGGUGGAGGUGCUGGAGGAGGUAUUGGGAGAGGAGCUGGAGGUGGUGUGGGAGGAGGUGGAGGGUUUGGAGGUGGUGGAGGUGGAGGUGUAGGGGGUGGUUCCAGUCAUGGUGGGGGAAUUGGAGCUGGAGGAGGUCUAGGUGGUGGCGGUGGUGUUGGAGGAGGAUCAGGCCAAGGUGGUGGAUUUGGAGCUGGUGGAGGCUUAGGAGGUGGUGUUGGUGGAGGUGUUGGAGGGGGAGGAGGAUUGGGAGGAGGUGGUGGUGGUGGUGUAGGUGGUGGAUCAGGGCAUGGUGGUGGCUCCGGUGUAGGUGGAGGCUUAGGAGGUGGAGCAGGUGGGGGUGGGGGUAUUGGUGGUGGGCAUGGGGGUGGAGUUGGUGGAGGUGGAGGAAUUGGAAUCGGAAUAGGCAUUGGCAUUGGAGUUGGAGGCGGUGCUGGUGGUGGUACUGGUAGUGGAUCGGGUAGCGGCUCUGGCAGUGGGGGUGGAGGACGAUAAACCUACUUGGCAGUUUUCCAAUUAGUCCUCCUCAUAUUUGAUGAGUUGUUUUUAAGUUGUAAUCACAGUUAAAAGAGUGUACUUGUGGAAGAGCCUUUAAGUUGUUGGGUUUGUCUUACACUAUAAUUGUUAUUCCCUAAUAAAAGGGUUUUUUUGUUAUUA